AUGCGUAUUCAGAUAAAUCUGGCUGGCCGCGUAAAUCGCGUAAGUAUCCUCACAUCCCUGGCAUCCGCGAUACUCGUGGUGCUGGCAGUUGGAACGGGUUUGACGUCCGCUGGGCUAGCCUUGGCCGGAGAAGCCGACGCGACGGCUGAAGCGAACACGGCCGAGGCCAUCGAGCUGCGGCUCAAGUCGGCGGCCGAUUAUCUCGCGGCCGACGAUCGCGAUGGACGUGGCGUGGGUACUGAGGGGAUCAACGAAGCGGCCCAAUACAUUGCCGACCAGUUCGAAGCGUUGGGUCUGCAAACCGAGGUUUUCGACGGCAAGCCCUUCCAGCCAUUCACGCUCACUACCGGGGCGUCUCUUGGAGAACCCAACUCCCUGGCCUUCGUUCACAAGGGCAAGGGCGAAGGGGACGAUUCUGAGACUAUCGAUCUGGAACUGGCCAGCGAUUUCACACCCAUGGCAUUGGGCGGUUCGGGCGACAUCGACCUGCCGCUGGCUUUUGUCGGAUAUGGAAUCACGGCUCCCGACGAGGGAUACGACGACUACGCCGACAUCGAUGUGGAAGGUAAGGCCGUGAUCGUCAUGCGGCACGAACCCCAACAGAACAACCCGCAUAGCGCGUUCGACGGAACCCGCGAUUCACGCUAUGCCCCGCUGACUCGCAAGAUUUCCAAUGCAUACGAGCAUGGUGCGGCGGCCGUGAUUUUCUGCACUGAUGAGUACGCUCUGUUGAAGGAGGUCGAGAAGCAGCAAAAGGCGUGGUCGAAGGCGAUCGACAAACUUGCCAUAAAGCACGCUGAGUUCUCGGAAAUCGAAAAUCCUUCGCUCGAUCAGCUUCGCGAACAUGAAAUCGCCACUCAGAAAUUGAUGGAGCGCAUCAAGAAGUCGGGCGAGCGAAUGACGAAGAGCAUGGACCCGUUGCUGGACUUCGACUACGGGGGAGCCGGCGAUUCGUCCCGUGAUAUCUCGGUGUUUCACGUCAGUCGUGCCGCCCUGAAUGAAGUGCUGGAAGCGGCUUUGGAUACCGAUUUAACCUCACUCGAGAAAGCCAUUGAUGAAGGGCCUAAGCCUCAGAGCAAAGAUCUCCCGGGCUGGAAGCUCGAGGGGCAGGUGUCGAUCGAUGUGAACGAAGUUGAAGUCAAAAAUGUGGCCGCCAUCCUGGAAGGCGAAGGUCCGAACGCGAAUGAAACCAUUGUGAUUGGCGCCCACUACGAUCACGUCGGCUACGGUGGGCCCAAUUCUUUGGCUCCUGGAUCGACCGAAGUGCACAACGGGGCGGAUGACAACGCAUCGGGUACGGUGGUACUUUUGGAAGUGGCCCGCGAGUUGGCGACGCGUGGGGAGAAGUUGCCUCGGCGGAUCAUGUUCAUCGCCUUCACCGCAGAAGAGCGAGGUCUGAUUGGCAGCGCCCGCUAUGUGGGCGACCCCGCGUUACCGCUCGAAGACACGGUGGCCAUGCUCAACAUGGACAUGGUGGGCCGUCUCGAUGAAGACGACAAGCUACUCAUCCAAGGCUUCGACACUGCCACCGAGUUCGACGCCAUCCUCGAAAAGCUGAACGAAACCUACGGUUUCGAGAUGAAGAAGACUUCCGGCGGGUUUGGUCCUAGCGAUCACUCAUCGUUUUAUGGGAAGGACAUUCCUGUCCUGCACUUCUUCACCGGAAUUCAUAGCGAUUACCACAGGCCAGGCGACGACGUCGAGAAGCUGAAUGUGCCGGGAAUGCGACGUAUUGGCCAGAUGGUGGCCGACAUGGCCGUUGAACUGGCGAAUUCAGACGAGCGGCCCACGUUUGUCUCCACAGGCGGUGAAUCUACCGGAGUAUCGCGUGGCGGAGAUCGGCCCUACUUUGGCAGCAUUCCCGAUUUCGGACAGAAUACGCCUGGCUAUGCUAUCAGUGGUGUAGCCAAGGAUAGCCCCGCUGCGAAGGGCGGUCUGGAAGCUGGCGACGUCAUCAUCAAACUGGGGGAUAGUCGAAUAGGUAAUCUCGACGACUUUGACAACGCCCUUCGCAAGUACGAAGGAGGGGAUACCGUUGACGUUGUGGUUAAACGCGGGGAAGAAGAGGUUACGCUAAAGGAAAGCCUUCGCGACAGAAUACCGCCCACAAUUUCGCAGUUUCCCGUAGUUGAAACGGAUUUCAGCCGGCCGCGGGUUGUGCCUGAGGCGUAUUUCAGGCCACCGAUCAGAAACGAUCGACUCCUCGUCGGCGCUAGCAAGGAGUGCCCUCUCGUGAAGAAGCCGAUUUCUCGUGUCGCAAUCGCGGCUGUGCUGCUUCAGUCUUUCGUGUGUGUCUCGACGACUCUCGCUCAGGCACCGGCGCACAGUAGUGUUGCGGUAAUCGACCUUAAGCAAGUGUUCGAAAGCCACACGCGAUUCCAGUCGAUGCGUGAGCAGCUGAUGCGUGACGUCGAAGCUGCUGAAGGCACGGUCAAAGCCCGACAGGAAGAACUGCGUGGCAUGGUCGAGCAGCUCAAGGAGUUCCGCCCUGGCACCCCCGAGUACAAGCAGCUCGAAGCCAAUGUGGCCAAUCGUCAGGCCGAUCUGAAGGUCGACAUUUCGAUUCAAAAGAAAGACUUCAUGGAGCGUGAAGCGAAGAUUCACUAUCACGUCUACCAAGAGGUGCUUCAAGAGAUUCAACACUUCGCCACCCAGCGAGGGUUGAGCCUGGUCAUGCGUGUGAACUCUGAAGAGAUCAAAGACGAGAAUCCUCAGCAGAUUCUUCAAGAGUUGAACAAGCCGGUUGUUUACUACAACAAGGCCAUCGACAUUACCUAUCCGAUUCUGACCACGCUGAACCAGCGGGCCGGUGGACGUGCUCCUGCGGCCGCGCAAGGUGGUGCUGCUCCGCGACAAGGCGCGGUAGUAACGGGAUUCGGGUAUUGGCGCGGGCGCGAUGUCCGCGUCGAGUUUCGGCCCGCCGAAGUUGACACAGGAGUCGUGUUCGUUCGCGGUGAUCUGGGCCCGCAGGCCCGCAUCGAGGUCGACGUUCGGAAUCGGCUCGAUGUUCCUCGUCGAACGGUGCUGGCGAUCGGUGACGUUCGUGUCGAAAUGGUCGAGCACAUUCUGGCCUCGCUGGCAGGAAUGCAAAUCGACAACUGCGAAGUGUGGGUCGACGCCGCAGAGAUGCCUGGGCUUGAUGGAUCGGCGAAUCCGUUUGUCGAAGCCCUGGAAGCUGCCGGUGUUGUCGAGCAAUCGAAGCCGCGAAAUCGCCUUGUGGUUAAGGACGUGGUGCGAGUUGAAGAGGACGGCUGCUGGAUUGAAGCCCGUCCUCAUGACAGUGAUUCGCUUACGGUCGAAUAUCGGCUGGACUACGGGGCUCAAAGCCCAAUCCCGCAACAGACUGCACAAUUGGAAGUCAGCCCCGACGCGUUUUGUCGCGAGCUGGCUGCCUGUCGCACUUUCUUGCUCAAGGAAGAGGCCGACGUGCUCCUCGCACGUGGAUUGGGUCGCAGGGCCAGUGUAAAAGAUUUGCUGGUGUAUGGUCCUGAGGGACCGAUUGGCAAUACCUUACGCUUUCCCGAUGAGUGUUCCCGUCAUAAGGCACUCGACAUGGUUGGCGACCUGGCUCUGGCCGGUUGCGAUCUUGCGGCCCACGUGGUGGCCUAUCGCAGUGGCCAUCAAUUGAAUGCCCGCUUGGUGGCCAGCCUGUUGGGAGUAGAGAUCGGCGACGACGUCGAGAUCGGCCCAUUCUCUGUGAUCGGGCCCCACGCAAAAAUCGGGCGUGGCACCAAGCUAUACAACAACGUGACCAUCCUGGGGCACGUUGAGAUUGGUGAGAAUAAUCGCAUCUUUCCCGGGGUCGUCAUUGGCGGGGAGCCCCAAGACAUCAGUUACCGCGGCACCGACACGCGUGUCAUCAUUGGUAACGACAACGUCAUUCGCGAGUGCGUGACGAUUAACCGAGCUUCGGAAAAAGAAGACGGUGUCACCUCGAUCGGCAAUAACAACUUCUUCAUGGCCUGUAGCCACGUGGCUCACGAUUGCCGUGUUGGAAACCACGUUGUGAUGGCCAACGGUUCUUUGCUUGGUGGCCAUGUGCACGUGCAAGAUUAUGCCUCGCUCUCCGGAGUGGCUGCCGUGCACCACUACGCCACCGUGGGGUGCUAUAGCUUUACCUCGGGGUUGAGCCGGGUGUUGCACGAUGUGCCUCCGUUCAUGCUGGUGGAAGGGCAUCCCACCCGACCGCGUUGCAUCAAUGUGGUUGCCUUGAAGCGGAACAACUUCUCGCCCGAGUCGAUUCGGGCCAUCGCAGAGGCUCAUCGACUGUUGUAUCGGGCCAAAGUGGGCCUGGAACAUGCUCGGGAGAUUUUGCGGACGAACGACUUGCUCGAGAGCUGCGUGAGACCCCUACGAGCGGCCGUCGUCGGAACCGGGCAUUUGGGACAGGCUCAUGCCCGCAUUCUCAACGAAUCAGAACACUCCGACCUCGUGGCGAUUGUUGACUCUGACGCCACUCGCCGCAGCGAAAUCGCCGGGCGGCACGGGGCUCAGCCUUGUGCCACUCUGGGCGAGUUGCCCGAGGGGAUUGAGGCCGUUGUGGUGGCCACUCCCACGGUAACGCACCACGAGAUCGGCCUCGAGUUGCUGCGACAUGGAAUCCACGUUCUGGUCGAAAAGCCACUGGCCCCCAGUUAUGCCGAAGCUCAAGAACUGGUCGAUGCAGCGGCGGCUGCCGGCGUAGUGUUGCAAGUGGGCCAUGUUGAGCGAUUCAAUCCGGCUCUCACGGCGGCUCACACCCGCCUUCGCGAGCCGAAAUUUAUCGAAGCCACACGCUCGAGCGGGUUCACUUUCCGUUCGACCGAUAUCGGGGUGGUGUUCGACCUGAUGAUUCACGAUAUCGAUCUAGUUCUUUCACUCACCCGGGCCAGCGUGACCCGGGUUGAUGCGAUGGGGCUGGCCGUGCUAGGGUCUCAUGAAGAUGUGGCCAACGCCCGUCUGGAACUUUCCGAUGGCUGCGUAGCAUCGCUAAGUGCAUCGCGUGUGAGCUAUGCGGCGCAGCGAAAUCUUCGCGUGUGGUCGCCUAGGGGAUUUGCCUCCUUCGAUCUGGGUGCCCGUGAAGUUCGAUUGGUGACUCCGUCGGAAGCGAUCCGUAAGCGUGAAGUUCAAAUCGAGCAGUUCGAUGCCACUGCCAAGCAGGCGUUUCGCGAUGAGAUGUUUGAGCGGCACCUGGCCAUCGAGAAUCUGGAGAUCGAAGCCUGCGAUCAGUUGACCGCCGAGCUUGAUGAUUUCGCAGAUUCAAUUCGUCGUGGUCGCCAGCCACGCGUUUCUGGCGAGCAGGGGGCUGAGGCGGUUUCGGUCGCUGAACGCAUCCUUGCUUCGAUUGAGAACCAUGCCUGGGAUACUUCGGAGCUACCUCGGCAAGGUCCGCUGGCGGUGCCGCGUCCGAAGGUCAUUCCUGGCCCUCACUGGUUGACCACUCCCGCGCCCACCACGCCGCGACGGCAGCCCGGCGUGGAGAAUGUGAUGUUCUACUUCCGCAUCAAUAAGCUGAAGAUCAUCGACAACCGAGAGAACCGGCAGUUCCUUCGGGUGCUCGGUACCGAUCGGGCGGAAGUGAAGAUCAAUAGCUUCAUCACGACCGAAGACACGCACCUGCCCGACAUGGACGAGCUGCUCGUCACCAACGACCCGGGACGAAAGCGUGACUUGUUGGCUGCUGCGGUGGCCGAAGUGGUCAGCUCCCGAGUUCUGACGACAAUUCAGAACGUGACCGAUAAUCAUGAGAUGACUUUCGGGGAUACCGGCUACGUGCUCUAUCAGUCGGAUAAUAUCCCGGAUCACUUCAACUGGAUAUUGCUGGCCGUCGAGUCGGAUCGCGAUGUGCGUUCGAUCGGCGAAGAGAUGAACUCAGUAGUAAACGACCAGGGCUUUGAUCACUUCAUUACGAAUGUCUUGAGCCUGGCAGCGGCGGCAGCGAAUCCUUCGUAUGUGGCGGCCGUGGGGAUUGCCAAAUUCGUAACCAAGAUGAUCGCCGAUCAACGUGGCAAGAACAGAGAUGACUUGAUCGGCGUGCUCUACACCUCGCUGAACCCCUGA